UUCUAGACUCUCUCAGUCCAAGUGAGAAACUGAUCACAAAUUAUGAAGAGGCAGCCAAGUCUCUUCUUUAAAUUACCCACUAGAUCCUUGGUAUUAUAUUUUAGCCUCUCUUCCUCUAUCAUCUUUCUCACUUUCAUAAUCAUUUGGGUCAACAAAACCACUCCUUCUAAUUCAGUGGUACAGGCCCAAGAAAUAGGCAGCUGUCUACAGUUCAACACAUCCUCACUCGUUUCGGGUUUCAGACCACCUAUAGGCGCUGUGCCUGUUCACACUAAUUUGACUGGUAAUUUCAAUACAAACAUUUCAGUUACAGUAAAUGGCCCGGAAGAAUUUGUCCCCAGUAAACCUGAUGAAAAUACUUCUGGCUUUUCUGGGAUGAAUUCACUUGUUAGUAGUGGGUUACAGACGAAGGAGAACCAAUCCCAAGUGCCACGACGUGAUGAAGAAGACAGAGGCGGUGGUGAGUUGGACGGUAACUUCACAGCAGCGGCACAAAGUACACCUGCAAUGUUAUUUGACAAGAUUGAGAUGAAGAAUGAAGAGCAAAAUACUCCAUUGAACAAGACUGAAGAGCAAAAUACUCCAUUGAUGAACAAGACUGAAGAGCAAACUGCUCAAUCG